CUGUAUUUCAUGUAGACUGCAACAGACGGCCUGCCUGCCAUAGUGUGGAGGACAAGCAGCCCACAGCAGGGGUCUGGAGGUUGGAAGACGUAUCACAAGUGAACCUGCUCAAAAUGGCGCAAUGUGGAUCAAUGUGUUCCUGGUCUCUGUGAACUGCAGAAAGGAAGCAACCACGAGGACGAAGGAUCAACCAGCAGGCGGAGGAGGCGGCGGAGGGGUGGUGUCAGAAGACAAGGUGGUAUGGCUGGGGGUGUGUUCGGGAUGGCGAAUGCGAAUGAAAGCAGCGAAGGGCCUGCUGGGCCCAUGGCAGCAGUGGUGGCUACUGCAGGAGGUGUUGUAGCAGAUAGUCCUUCAUCGGCUGUCUCUACCUACAUCAAACUGGUGCUACUGGGGCUGAUCAUUUGCAUCAGCCUGGUCGGCAACCUGGUGGUGUCUCUGCUCGUACUCCGGGACCGAGCACUGCACAAAGCACCUUACUACUUCCUGUUGGACUUGUGUCUGGCAGACACCAUCCGCUCAGCCAUCUGCUUCCCCUUCGUUCUGGUAUCAAUUAAGAAUGGUUCAGCCUGGACUUACAGCGUGCUGAGCUGCAAGGUGGUGGCAUUCAUGGCAGUGUUGUUCUGCUUCCAUGCUGCCUUCAUGCUGUUCUGUAUUAGUGUGACUCGAUACAUGGCCAUUGCACACCACCGCUUUUACUCAAAGCGUAUGACAUUUUGGACAUGUGUGGCAGUGGUGUGCAUGGUGUGGACUCUGUCAGUAGCGAUGGCCUUUCCUCCUGUCUUUGACGUAGGCACCUACAAAUUCAUUCGAGAGGAAGACCAGUGCAUCUUUGAGCACCGCUACUUCAAGGCUAAUGAUACGCUAGGCUUCAUGCUAAUGCUGGCUGUGCUUAUUCUGGCCACACAUGUUGUCUACAUGAAGUUACUCCUCUUUGAGUACAAGCACCGCAAGAUGAAGCCAGUCCAGAUGGUGCCAGCCAUAAGUCAGAACUGGACCUUCCACGGACCGGGGGCUACUGGUCAAGCUGCAGCAAACUGGAUUGCAGGCUUUGGCAGGGGCCCAAUGCCGCCAACUCUGCUGGGAAUCCGGCAGAACUUGCACAACCAGAACCGGCGCCUGUUGGGCAUGGAGGAGUUUAAAGCCGAGAAGCAGCUUGGCAGGAUGUUCUACGUGAUCACCCUGCUGUUCCUGGUGCUCUGGUCUCCCUACAUAGUGGCUUGCUAUUGGAGGGUAUUUGUCAAGGCUUGCACAAUACCACAUCGGUACCUCUCCACCACGGUGUGGAUGAGUUUCGCCCAAGCCGGGGUCAACCCUAUCGUCUGUUUCUUCCUGAACAAAGACUUGAAGAAAGGGCUCCUUUCCCAUUUACCAGCCUGCUGCAGGACUAAACCUCAUCUGCCACGAGAGCCUUAUUGUGUCAUGUAAGCAGAGAUGAUCGGAAAAAUAGAGAAAAAUCAAGAGGAAACCAAUAGACGUGAGAUGGGGGUGAUUGCUUGAGUUAUUUAGGCAUUCGAUUCCAUGUAAGCCUCAUUUAAGUAAUGGGUGUAAACUGCUGAGUGUUAUGGUAAAACACUGG